AAGCCUGCCGUCGCUACAUCAAGGAUGAAAGCAUGCUUCUCCUACAAAAUAUUGCAUAAAUCUACUUUAAUCUCUAAUUAUGGUAUUGCACGGGAUAAUAUAAGCAGGAUGCAAUACACUUUGUAGUGCUAGCAAGUUAAUAGUAGCAGAGCAUGCAAAUGCAGCCACUUGUAAUGGGACACAAAGGAUGCUGAAGGAGGCUGCUGUUGCUGCUACCCGGUGCCGUUCAGUUAAAGGACAGCAAAGUGUGUAUCCAAACAAACCUGCCUCGGUUUUCUACGAGCAUAUAUUUGCUUCAGAGGACGCAAAACAGCCAGAAUGUAAACAGAGACACAGCCACAAGUUCACUGAGGGUGGGCUCAUCUGUCUGCAUGGUCUCACCUCCUAGUACAAACGUCACAGCAGAAGAAGAGACGUCCCCCUCACCCCACCAGACCCUCAGCCGGCCUACUAUAGUACUAUUAUAGUUCAAGCAAAGGCUAAUUGUUGCUCCCUCACAAAGAGUGCACAGUUCAAAUCUCUGGACGGUGAUUCUGUCUUUUUCUACUAGGGGAAGAUGGCUGUGCUUGUCGUUUGUGCUCUCCUGUGCCUAUCCUGCUGGGUGUCUUUCUACUUUGUCCUGUGUAACGUUAACGGAUCCAGGAGCUACGAAUGGAACUGUCGACUCGUCACGCUGGUACACGGGAUCCUGGCAGUCUGCAUCACAGCGUACAUAGGCUAUGUAGAUGGACCUUGGCCUUUUACUUAUCCAGGUACAAAGAACACCCCUCUGCAGAUAAGUGCCAUGGUCCUGAGUCUGGGCUAUUUUAUUUUUGACAUGGCCUGGUGUGUGUACUUCCGUACAGAGGGACCAGUCAUGCUGGCCCACCACACCAUGAGCAUCCUGGGAAUCCUGUUGACCCUUUGGUUGGGGGAGUCUGGCAUCGAGUCGUGUGCGGUGCUCUUUGGCAGUGAAAUCACAAACCCUCUCUUGCAGGCGCGCUGGUUCCUCAAGCAGACUGGACGUUACGGGACUCUGCUGGGGGACGUUGUGGACGUCCUGUUUGUGCUGCUGUUUGUGGUGAUGCGAAUCUUCGUGGGAGGCACAAUGCUGUACUGUGAGCUGAUCUCCCCCAGGCCGAGAUUCUUUAUCAAGUGUGGCGGAGUGGCCAUGUACGCCCUUUCCUGGGUCUUUAUGGUAGACAUUGUUCGAUUUGCCAUCCGGAAGAGCAAAAGCUGGCACAAACACCAGAGAGACCACCAAGAGCUUUUAGCAGCUAAUGGUCAUGAAGUGAAGAUGGAGUGAUCGGCAUUAGAAGGGAAUCCAUUUAUGUCAUUUCUCUGCUCUUCACUUUGGACACUUGAUGGAAAGUACAUGGAAAGCAACUUUCUCCAUGUUGAAGUGUGAUUUUAGAAAAAGGGAUUUUUAAAUUAAAAAAAUGCUAAGGCUUCUUUUUGUAAGGUUUGUAGAUUUUGGAGCUGAACAUGCAUAAAAGGUGCAAACAGCACUGACGCAGUUUAUAUCACUGAAAACCAAAGCUUGUUGUAUAAACACAUAAAGAAAACCUGUGGGAAGAAAAGUUGCCGUUAACUGUGACCUAGUCAUGUGUGGCAGUGUGGCUCCAAAAGGAAGUUCCCUACUAGAAAAGAAAACGUUUACAUGUAAUGUUGUAGUCCUUGUGAAACACUUUUAGUGAUGUCAACAGACUAGAAUUGGUACUCAGGGAAAUUAAGUAAUAUCAGAAAGAUUGAAGUGUGUUUGAUGUGUUUAAUCAAAUUUCUAUUUAUUUUGCAUCCCUCCUUUAAAGCUCUAUGUUACAGUUUUAUUGAGUCUAUUAAAUUCUAAAUGCUUUCUUUUUAGUGUAAAUUGUAAACCUUCUCAUGUUUUCUGAAAUGGUAACCAGUGUCAACUUUAUUGUACCAGAUGUGUGAGGGUGGUCGCGCGUGAGUAAUCGUUUAGACAAGAUCUGUGCUCUGCACUGAUAGCUCCCAGCUAAUUUAAUUUAAUAAGCUGUUUGUUGAAUGUUUCAGUCUCACAGAGAUCUUGUCAGAAAUUGUCCAAGCUUUGAUUAAAUUCAUUCUGAGCUAUCUGUACAUUGUGCAAGUCUUUCAAAAGGUCUUUUUUUAAAUAAACCAUUUUGAAAUAAACAUGUUAUACAAUGUUUGCCUUAAUAAAAAAUGUGCUACUGGGAUGAAGACAGGAAGUUUUUAUAUUAAGGGACUUUAAUGACUGAGUCCAGAUUUUUAUGUGCAUUCUUGUCUUAAUUUUGAGAAUAUGUUUUUGUCGCAAUAGGUUAAAAACAUGCCAUCUGUUUGUUUCCUAUGACUGUUCACUUGACUGGCACUGAGAGACGUCUCUGUGUGCAUCACCAAUACAUACAAGAAAGUACAAACCUAACUAGUGUGUGCCUUAGUUAUCUGAAUGUACCUUCCUAAUGUGUUUUUAUCCUUUCUCGUGUACUGUAAUCUCACUCAACACACGAGGCGGCGUCACAAGAGCCAUUUCGGGUCGGGGUUUCAUCGUUCACCUUUGU